AUGCCAGUUCGAGUCCUUCAACCUUUGAGUGUUCAGAGUAAAACAACAAAAACACCAAUUAUGAAGGAUAUUCCUGCAAGUAAGGUUAAAUCGAAAGAAGCUCAUCAAGAACAAAAUUGUGUGGAUAAAAGGGUAUUUGUGUUAUGGAAGGGAUGUGAGGAAAUAAGGCUUCAACAUGGAUUGAGCUCAGGUUUCUAGUAGUUACUAGACAGGGUUUUACUUUCAAGUGGCAUGACUUUAGGUGAUCAAUUCUUUGACUUUCUUCCGACGUUUGGCUUCCGACGUUACUGUUUUGGCGUCU